CUCUCUCUCUCCAACGCGCGCGCGCGCGGAAGAGAGCUCUCUCCUGAAUCAGCUCUCUUCCCCGCGAUCUCUCCUACUUUUCCUCUCCGGAGAAAGCUACGUGCGCCACCCCCACCACCCCGCCCCGCCGUCGUCGAGGCGCUGGCGCCGGCGGGCUGGACAUGGCCGGAGCGCCGUGCCUCCUGCGCGUGCUAGCCGUCUCCUCCUGCCUCUGCCUCCUCGCCGACGCCGCGCGCCUCCUGGCGGCGGCGCCGGCGGAGGAAGCCGACGCGCUGCUCAAGCUCAAGGCCGGCAUCGUGGACGGCGGCGGCGCGCUGGACACCUGGGCCGCCGGCACGAGCCCCUGCGAUGGCGGCACCUCGGCGUGGGCCGGCGUGGUGUGCAGCAAGGGCAGCGUGCUCGGCCUGCAGCUGGAGAAGGAGGGCCUGUCCGGCGAGCUCGACCUCGCCCCGCUCAAGAGCCUCACCGGCCUCCGCACGCUCAGCUUCAUGGACAACGAGUUCGCCGGCGCCAUGCCCGACGUGAAGGGCCUCGGCGGGCUCCGCGCCAUCUUCCUGUCCGGGAACAAGUUCUCCGGCGAGAUCCCCGCCGACGCGUUCGCCGGGAUGGGCUGGCUCAAGAAGGUGUCCCUGUCGCGGAACGGCUUCACCGGCGCCAUCCCGGCCUCGCUCGCCGCCGUGCCGAGGCUCCUCGACCUCCAGCUCAACGACAACAAGUUCACGGGCAAGAUCCCCGACUUCCCCCAGAAGGAUCUCAAGGUGUUCGACGUCUCCAACAACGAGCUGGAUGGGGAGAUCCCGGCGAGCCUCAAAUCAAUCGAUCCACAGAUGUUCGAGGGCAACAAGAAGCUCUGCGGCGCGCCAGUCGACGCGAAAUGCGAGGCGCCAUCCCCAGCGGCAACGACGUCGCCGCCGGCGGCGACAUCCGGCAAGAUCGGGACCUCGCCGUCUCCCACGGCCGCCGCCGAGACAACCACAACGGGCACAGUGCCAGCCGAGGAGGGGACGCAGGGCGCGACGAAGCCCACCAAGGGAUCGACGUCGUUCGGCGUCCUCGCCGCGUUCCUCGGCACGCUGGCCAUCAUCGGCUUCGCGGUGGUCGAGCUCCAGAGGCGGCGAGAGUACAACACCCAGAACUUCGGCCCUGCAGCUUCAACCAAGCCCACAUUGCCAUCAGCUCCCGCGUCACCAGCAACCAAGCCCACGCACGCCGCCGCCGCCGCCACCGCCGCAGCCGCCACCACCGGAGGAGGCGGCGCGCGAAGCAGCAGCGUGAGCGGGAGCACGGCGAGGGGCGGCGGCGGGAAGGCGGGGGAGCAAGGGCGGCUGACGUUCGUGCGGGACGACGACAGGGGGAGGUUCUUCGAGCUGCAGGACCUGCUGAAGGCGUCGGCGGAGGUGCUCGGCGCCGCCAACCUCGGCGUGUGCUACCGCGCUACGCUCACCGGCGGCCACUCCGUGGUGGUGAAGCGGUUCAAGGAGAUGAACCGCGUGGGGAAGGAGGACUUCGAGGAGCACAUGCGGCGGCUCGGCCGCCUCUCCCACCCCAACCUCCUCCCGCUCAUCUCCUACUACUACCGCAAGGAGGAGAAGCUCCUCAUCCACGACUACGUCCCCAACAAGAGCCUUGCUCACCUCCUCCACGGUGAGGGUCGGAGGGUGAAGAAGCUGGUGCACUGGCCGGCGAGGCUGAAGCUGGUGAAGGGGGUGGCGCGAGCGCUCCAAUACCUGUACGACGAGCUGCCGAUGCUGACGGUGCCGCACGGCCACCUCAAGUCGUCCAACAUCCUCCUCAACGACCGCUUCGAACCGCUGCUCACCGACUACUCGCUGGUCCCGGUGAUGAACCAGUCGCACUCGGCGCAGCUCAUGGUGGCCUUCAAGUCGCCGGAGCGGAGGCAGUUCGGCCGCUCCUCCAAGAAGAGCGACGUCUGGUGCCUCGGCAUCCUCAUCCUCGAGAUCCUCACCGGCCGGCCGCCGUCCUACGACCCGCCGCCGCAGCCGGAGGCGGCGACGGCGAACGGCGACCUCGUCGGAGCGGUGGCGUCGACGCCGGAGGGGGAGUGGCUGGAGAAGGUGGUGGACGCGGACAUGAUCAGGAAGUGGGAGGACGAGGAGAGCAAGGGGGAGAUGGUGAAGCUGAUCAAGAUCGGGAUGGCGUGCUGCGAGGCCGCCGUGGACAGCCGGUGGGAGCUCAAGACGGCGGUGGAGAGCAUCGAGGAGCUCAAGGGGGGGAAGGAGGAGGACGCCAACGACGAGCACUCCUUCUACUCCUCGAUCGACGGCGACGAAUUCGCCAGCGUCGCCAUCAACUAACUCGGAAAUCAACCCACAUUAGCGCGCGCAUCGGUUGUAAUUAAGCAGCAUCAAAUGAUAUGUUAAAAAGCUCAUUAUGUAAAGUAUACAGAAAUGAUGCCUAACACACUAAAUCUGAACUAGCAUUCUGUACUUCAUGUACGUCUUUUUCGAUUUUUUUUUCGUUAGCAUUUGACUCAUUUCAUUUCUCUUUUUUUUUUUUGCUAGUGGCACAAAGGCCAGGGCACAGUAUGUUCAUGUCGUGUACAAUAUGAGCGAUUUUACGGUCCAGAAGGUCGUAUAUUUUAGUUUAAA